AUGACUUUCAAACAAGCUAUCUAUAUUGUUGCAGCUGGUCGUACUCCAUUCGGGACUUUUGGUGGUAAACUAAAAGAUUAUACAGCUAUAGAUUUACAAGAAGCUGCUAAUCGAGGUGCUUUGAAACAAGCGAAAUUAUCACCUGAAGCUAUCGAUAUUACAAUUAUUGGUAGUGCUUCUCAAACAUCAACCUAUGCAAUAUAUUUAGCUCGUCAUGCAGCAUUACGUGUUGGUGUGCCCAUUCGUGUACCAGCAUUAAAUAUGAAUCGUCUUUGUGAAUUUGGUUCUCAGUCAGUUAUCAAUGGCGGUCAAGAAGUUGAAUUAAGCGACUCCAAUAUUGUUUUAUGUGGUGGAACUGAAAGUAUAUCACAAGCACCAUAUGCAAUAACUCGUCAAGAAGCUGAUGAAUUUGCUUUACAAUCUGAAAAACGAAAAAACGGUCAAGAUGAAAUAUUUGAUACAGAUGAACAUCCACGUCCACAAACAACUAUUGAGCAACUUUCAAAACUACCAUUUAUAUUUAUUAAAAAUGCUGGCAUUGUAACAGCCGCUAUUGAAAAUUUAUUAAAAAAAGUCAAGAAACAAGUAUCCGAUAUUGAUUUAUUCGAUAUUAACGAAGCAUUUGCACCACAAUUCCUUGCAUGUCAAAAAGUAUCAAAAUUACCAAAUGAAAAAAGUAAUGUUAAUGGUAGUGCUAUUGUUCUUGGUCAUCCAUUGACCGCAUCGGGUGCAAGAAUAACAGCAAAUCUUGUCUACGGAUUAAGACGUCGCCAAGGAAAAUAUGCUAUAGGUGCUGCAUGCAUUGGGAGUGGUCAAGGCAUUGCUUUGUUAUUGGAACGAAUUUAA